AUGCUGCUCAGAUAUCUCUCCGAUCUCCAGGCUAAGAUAGCCCGGUUGGAGCAGAAUCCAACAUACGAGCCGGGUGCAUCACAAGCAAGGACGACGGCUAACAAUAGGACGGCUCAGGCCAGAGAUGGAAGCUCACCAGCAGCGGAUGACAAUCGACCAUUGAUGAACCCAUCGAGCUUUGAGAGGACAAGGGAAAAUUCACCCAUGCCUAGACCCGACCCAGAUGAAGCAAAUCUGAUGAACCCGCUUAUUGAGUCCUCUAAGUUCAUGUCUUCAUCCUCUGGGCGGCCAUUUUAUUUAGGCACGUCUUCGAACUGGUCAUUCCACGGACAAAUCCUCAAUUUGGUGCACGAGCACAUCCGAAAAUCACCGCUACCUAGCGCCGAAUUGCUAUUCGAUGGCUCGGCAUACGAACAUCUCUGGGAUGGCACACGUAGCCUUCCAGACUCCAACUGCCCGAUCAUACCUAGUAUCGACUACGCCAUCUUUCUGUUCAAUGCUGUGAAGUUUCACUGCGCUCAGCUUAUCCAUCUCUUUGACGAAGACGAGUUUAUGGCAAACUUGCUUGCCUUCUACUCGAACAAUGAGAGAGAUAUGUGGAAAGAGAGCUUGUGGUACAUACACUUUCUUCUCAUCCUAGCUUUUGGAAAGACCUUCAUCCAAGGGAAGAGUCAGACGCCGCGACCGCCAGGCGCCGACUUCUUUACCCACGCUGUUCAACUUUUGCCUGAUACCAGUCGUCUUUGCCGCGAACCCUUGAUGGCAGUCGAAAUACUUUGCUGCAUAGCGCUGUUUCUGCAAGCAUUGGACUCAAGAAAUGCAGCACAUAUUGGUCAAGCCAUGCGCAUAUCAAUGAUUGAAGGAAUGCAUACCGAUAUGCCGGUGGAAAAUCUAGGCCAGCCUCUUGUUCAGCGAUGCCGUAAGAUCUGGUGGACGGUAUAUAUCCUCGACCGCCAAAUGACAUCUUUGAUGGGACUACCUCAAUCGAUUCGAGAUGAGGAUAUAACUUGUCAGCUUCCAGAUUUUGGGGGCUCAGCUCAAAGAGUAACAGCCCUCGACAUGCAGAUCAAGCUUGCACGUAUCUAUGCGGAAAUAGCUAGGACUGUUUAUGGUUCUAAAGGUCGGCUACGCAAGAAGUUUGUCUUAAGCAUCAAGGCCGUUCUAGACGAUCUUACGUCCUUAGCGGAAGAACUCCGACGUUCAUUCCCACUGCAUGCGGACGAGCGCUUUGGCGGAAUCUCGAGGACACCGGCUUAUCUACAUCUACUCUACUAUCAAACAAUCGUUGUUGUGACUAGACCGUUGCUCUUCUGUUGUAUGAAGAAGGUCUUUGAGUCACCAAGAGAGGUGCAACCGCUGAUCUCAUCACGCAAGAUACGCCAUUUACUAUGCAUGUCACUUGAAUCUUCUCAGAAGAUCAUCGAUAUCCUAGAGAUUCUACACGAUCAAGGAUUACUAGAGACCUUCCUCCCGUGGGAUCUUGAUGCACUCUUCGUAUCAACUGUGGUCCUUAUUUUGACUCGUUUCAUCGAUCAUAGUCUAAUGGACGGCCAAAAGCCAUAUCUGGGCAAAGCUUACAGCUUCUUUAAGACCAUUGCGUCUAGCGGCAAUCGCAUCGCGAGGUUUCGCUACGUGGAGCUACGCAAACUUGAUGAGAUGUUGGCGGAGUACUCCGAGAACAGGGAGCGACCAUUGACGUCACCUAACACUAUUGGCGUGGAAACAAACAUGCAACGUUCACUUUCAUUCCCCCCGGGCUAUCAAUCUGUAGCCGGAUUGCCGAAUUUGCAAGAUACGGUGCCACCAUCUUAUACAGGAAUCAGUGACGAGGGGAGUGGAUUUGGUGAUGACUUGACUGCCGAGCAAAUAUUGGCUGUAGCGGAGUCUAUGGACAUGGAAGGAACGAACUGGCUCUCUUUCGCAACGUUGGACGACUACCAGAUCAUUGAUCCGGGCAUUCGAUGA